AUGAUUAAGAUUGAAUUACCGCCAAAGCCAACUCCUAUGACCUGGGAAAUUAUUGAGAAGCUUGAUGAGCGCUCAAACCCCUCAACUGAGCGGGACAUCGCCGAUGGCCUCGGCCCUGGAUAUUUUGCUGGAAAUUUUUUGUGCCGCCUCACUGAUACCCAAGAGAAAGAGAAUAUUGCGUCCAUGCGAAUUUGGAAGCAGAUACCUACUGUUAGAACUGAAUUUCGGAAGGCCACAAUCCGUGCUGCUCAGGCUGUUGAGCCAUAUGAGAAUGCAGAGUUGAUUGCCCUGAAAACUCUUAAGCUUAACUGUGCGGCUGUUCCUGAGCUCCUUGGACAUCAGUUAAUGGAGCAAGACGAAGACGCAUCAGAAGCAGGAAGAUUGUCGAGUGCGGAUGCCGGCCAAUGA